AGAUGAAACCAGUACUUUCGUCAUGGCUUGUCAACGCUCUGUGCUUGACAGCACACUUGGGUUCAGCAUUACAACUUGAUGUCAGUAGUCCGGACUCGAUCAGAUCAACAGCUAGUGUGGUCGCGUAUGACUUGAUGUCUUACUAUACCGGAAACCGUACUGGAGACGUUCCAGGAAACCUGCCAGCUCCGUACUACUGGUGGGAAGCGGGUGCCAUGUUUGGCGAGAUGAUCGAAUACUGGUACUACACUGGUGACACGACAUACAACGAUGAAGUCAAGCAGGCUCUAUUGCACCAAGUCGGAGAUGACAACGACUACAUGCCCAGGAAUCAGUCGAAAUCACUUGGUAAUGACGACCAAGUCUUUUGGGCGUUCAGUGCCAUGACAGCAGCCGAGCUAAAAUUCGAGGAUCCGGGAGCCAGUGAGCCAUCGUGGCUGGCACUUGCGCAGGCUGUAUUCAAUGAGCAGGCAUCAAGAUGGGACACAGGAACCUGCGGCGGAGGCUUGCGCUGGCAGAUCUUCACCUUCAAUGCUGGGUACGACUACAAGAACGCCGUCUCUAACGGUGGCUUCUUCCAGCUGGCUGCACGCCUGGCGCGUUACACGCAAAAUCAGACAUAUGUCGAUUGGGCAGAGAAGACAUGGGAAUGGUAUGCUGGAACACCUCUGCUCAACACGCAUACAUGGCAGAUCAACGACGGAUCCAGUACGCAGAAGAAUUGCUCGGAUGCCAGUCAGCUGCAGUGGACAUACAACUAUGGUGUUUUCAUUGCUGGAAACGCAUACCUCUACAAUUACGUGAGUGAUCUUGCACGACACGCAAGAGGCCGUACUGACAGAAAAUCAGNNACUGGUGACGCAAAGUACAUGGAUCGCAUGGAGGGACUUCUCAACGCCACACUGGAAAGGUUCUUCCCUCAGAACAUGGGCGGAGUUAUGGUUGAAAUUACCUGUGAACCGCUAGGCAACUGCAACAACGAUCAGCCAGCAUUCAAGGCAUUCCUUACUCGAUGGCUUGCAGUAACAGCACAGCUGGUUCCAGAACUUUACGAACGCAUCUUCACGUAUUUGCGCAAGUCGGCUGCGGGAGCGGCAGGACAGUGUUCAGGAGGUGCGCUAGGAAGACAUUGCGGCCGCGAAUGGAACACGACAGUGUGGGAUGGAACGUCAGGAGUAGGUGAACAGAUGUCUGCUCUUGCGGCCAUUCAAUCUAUGAUGAUCGACACGACGGAACUGGCUGCACCUGUGGGAUCCACGACUGGAGGAACGAGUAAGGGUGAUCCGAGUGCAGGCACAGGCAACAGUGGCACGACGGGUAGCAAUGGCAUGCCUGCGAUAAACACAGACAAGAUCACGACUGGUGAUAAGGCUGGAGCUGGGAUCUUGACAGCGAUGGCGCUGCUAUGCACGAUAAUUACUGGAGGAAGUUUGGUUCUUGAA